CUGAUCCUAAAGCAGACAGAUGCAAAGCCUUAGCGUGUGACUGGUUUUGUUGAUCCUGCUUUCAGAAGCUUUGAAUGCGUUUGCUUGUUUAAUUGCUGGGGUUUAACUCCAGUUUCAAUGGGUGGUGGCGACGAAGUCUGGGGAUUAUUAGAGCGAACUUGCCUUCUUUACUUUAUUCUUUUGUCUUCUUUUGGCUCCCCACCAAGGACCACCUCGGUACUGUACUCGUAGUGUCCUAAGGGGGUUUGGAUAGUAUUGUUGCUGGACCCUUUUAUUAUUUUCCAGAAGUUUGCAAGAAAGUCCAAUCCCUGUAGAUGUUCUGAAUGCCUGUCAUAAGGAUGGUGGUUUUGUUAACCAGGAUUAUUAAUGUUUGAUCUGGAUCCCCACAAGCCAUGAUUGUUUCAUUUUCAGACUGUUCCAUCAGUUGGAUUUGUAUGCCACACCCCUCAAAAGACUCAAUAAUUUUUAUCCAGGACAUGAAAAUUGUAGAUACUGCAUUUUUGUGAUGUCUAAAAGUUUCCAUCUCUAAGUGACGUUCAGGUAGGACGGGUGUCUGCCACAGGUCAGCCUGCUUUUCUAGCGUGAGGACAGUAGCUCUUCAGUGCCGUAAGAUGCUGCUAGUGUGACAGAAGAUGUACCUGUGCUAGGAGACAGGCGAGCAUCUCGCUUCCUGCUCUCUCAACAAGACUUGGCAUGAGAAUGUCUCGCCUGUACUUUUCUACUUUGCUUCACCUCACAACAGUCCUGCUGGCUUCCUCAGUAUCAUUUCCAAGAGACCAUGAACCCAUCAAUACUGUUGGCCCUCAAGGUUCCUCUGUGUAUCCAGUGUUUCAAGGCUCACGGGAAGACAAUGAGACUAAAAGGCUAGGCCUGGAUUUUCAAAAAAUGUUGAAGAUCAAUGCAACUCUCUAUAUAGCAGCCCGGGACCAUGUCUAUAUAAUUGACCUGAGACAGUCAAAGAAUGAGAUCUUCGCUAUCCGAGAGGUGACUUGGAGGACGAAACCUGAGGACAUGGAUAACUGUGCUAUGAGGGGAAAAAUAAAAGAUGAAUGCUACAAUUAUAUCAAGGUUCUUGUUCCUAGGAAUGGCCGAACUCUUUUUGCUUGUGGCACAAAUGCUUUUAACCCAGUUUGCCGAAGUUACCAGAUGAGCAGCCUGCAACAGGAUGGAGAAGAACUGAAUGGUCAAGCUCGCUGCCCUUUUGAUGCCAAACAGACCAAUGUGGCUCUUUUUGCUGAUGGAAAUCUGUAUUCUGCAACCAUGGCGGACUUCUUAGCGAGUGACGCUGUGAUCUAUCGAAGUCUGGGAGACAAGGUGCCUGUCUUAAGAACAGUGAAGUAUGAUUCCAAGUGGCUCCGAGAACCUCACUUCCUCCAUGCAGUUGACUAUGGAAACUAUGUUUACUUAUUCUUCAGGGAGAUAUCUAUGGAAUAUACAACUCUGGGCAGGGUAAUUUUCUCUCGUGUGGCCAGGGUUUGUAAAAAUGAUAUGGGUGGAUCCCCCAGGGUUCUGGAAAAGUACUGGACAUCAUUCCUGAAAGCAAGACUCAACUGCUCUGUGCCAGGGGAUUCAUUCUUCUACUUUGAUGUCCUUCAGUCCGUAACAAGCAUCGUACAGAUUAACAGCCGACCUGCAGUUAUCGGAGUGUUCAGCACCCAGGCUAACAGUAUUGUUGGUUCUGGUGUCUGUGCAUUUUACUUGGAUGACAUUGAGAAAGUAUUUAAUGGAAGGUUCAAAGAACAAAAGAAUGCGGAGUCAUCAUGGACACCUAUUCCAGAGGACAGAGUUCCAAACCCAAGACCAGGCAGCUGUGCAGGAUAUGGAGCAGCUUCUGCAUAUAAGGCCUCCAAUGAAUUUCCAGAUGAGACUCUGUCCUUCAUUAAGUCAUACCCACUCCUGGAUGAAGCAGUUUCUUCCGUCACUAACAAACCAUGGUUCACUAAAACCAACAGCAGGUUCAGGCUCACCCACAUAACGGUUGACACAUCAGCUGGACCAUAUGGCAAUUAUACUGUCUUGUUCUUGGGCUCUGAAGAUGGAAAGCUAUUGAAGGUCCUCUCCAGCACCACAGAGAAUGCCAAAUUUGACAGCUUGUUAUUGGAGGAGAUCGAUGUCUAUAACCCAGCCAAGUGUACAGUGAAAGGGGAAGACAGAAGAAUUCUGGGACUGGAACUCGACAAGAGUCAUCAUGCCUUGUUUGUUGCAUUUUCCAGUUGCUUGAUCCGUGUUCCACUUACCCGCUGUGAGAGCUAUGGACAGUGCAAAAAAAGCUGCUUAGCCUCCAGGGAUCCUUACUGUGUGUGGUUAAAGAGUGGAACCUGUGCUACUUUUGAACCCAGAAUGAGGGCAGGAUAUGAACAGGAUAUAGAACAGACAAGCACUCAACACCUGUCAGACUGUCUUGAUUCUGUAACCACCACAGGAAAUCGCAACAAUCCUGGUGAUUCAGCUUACGGUGUGAGACAAGAACCAGAAAUAAGAGAAAAAGGAAAGAGUGUUCAUUUCACUUUUCUUAUUGGUUGCGUCCUUGUAGCCUUCAUACUGGGUGCAACCUUUUCGGGGCUGUUUGUUUCCUGUUAUUGCAACCAUGUGCUUCAUAAAACAAAACGUCUAAAUAAAGACCCUGAAUCCUCAUCUACACAUCCACUUUCCCUUAGGAGUUUGGCCAAGAUCAAUGGACUUUUGGAAAGUCAGCCCAAGGAUGCCUUGACAGAAGAUACAGCACCAAAGUUGUACACUACUCUCUUGCCCAGUGAGAAAGAGCAACAGCCAAAUGGAACAGUAAAAGUAGGGAUAAAAGAACAUCCAGAAUUAUCAGGUUUGCCAACUCCUGAAUCGACACCCGAGCUGCCAUUGAAAAAUAUGAAAGCUAUCAAAAACCAAUGGGAGAAAAAUCAAAACUGCAACAAUGCUAAAGAAUCCCAAGUCAAGAGUCCAAUGUUUCACAGUCCUUUACCCAACUCACAAGUGUUUCAAUUCUCAAACAUGAUGGUUCCCUCUCACACCAGACAUGCAUAUGACCCUUCCUUGUCCAGCUGCUCAGAUGACAGAAAAAUCCCAAAUUCUGAACGUAUGCUGGCACGGCACUCAAACCGAUAUUCUCAGAAAGGUGUUGAUGUUAAUGCACUAGAUGAGCUUCUGAAACACCUUCAUGAAACAAGUAGCAGUCCUAAGAAAAUGAUGGAGAACAUGCCAGUCAGUCAUCCUAGUAUGAGUGCCCACACUCCAGUGCUAUUUACUAACAGAGUGCAGCCUAAAAUCCCGGACACCGAAAGUGCCCCCUAUUAUAGCUCUUCAACACUUCCAAGGGACAGCUUACCGAGAAGAAUGGAUAUUCCACCCGAUGUUCCACCCCACUCUAGCUCGGAACAGCAAGCCCGGCACCCAUCUCACAGACACUCAAUGUCUUCAGCACAGAAACUCAUGAACAUUGCAAGCAUGAGUGGGGUGGGGAUUUCCAGACAGCAGAGUAUAGGCAGAGGGUCAGGCCCCCACCCUCCCACGGUUCUGAUGAGAAUGCAUUCAACAGGCACCCCGGUGCCCUUGGAAGGACAUCAUAACUUUUUAUCAAGACACCACAGCUACACUGAUGGAUCUCUACCAAGAGGUGCUGUCAGAAGAACACCAUCUAUCAAACCGGAUGUACCACCAAAACCUAUGUUCAUGCCUGCCUCAUCUCCAGUGAACCCCUCAAAUCAGUUUCACUACUGAAUGUUUAAGGCUAUGUAAUUUAACAUUGUGCUCAUUGUAAGGAACCUCAGAAGGCGGAAGAUCCUUUUGGAUUUGCUUGCAAUGCUUGAAAAAAGUCAGAAUUGCAAAGCUGGCUUAAAUGGCUUUGCUAAUAAGAACAACCACCAAGUUGUGUGCGUGUGCUGUGUAAGACCAUCUUCUAUGUCUUUUCCCAUAAAGGAACAUGAUACAUCCUACCAUAUUGGUACCAUCUAUUGACAUUACAAAUAUGGCAGUUCUUAGUACAUCUUGGAGUAACCAAAAAUACUGAAUUUGUUCUUUUUAUUCAGAAUUUCAUAAAAAAUCCCUUUGAAGAUGUAGAGAAAUGUCUUAGGAAGCUGUAACAUUCAGUGAUUUACUUGGGUUUUCACGACUGUGUGAAAUGACAACCUGACAUGCUUAAGACAUUACACUUCCUGCCUGAUUUUUUUUUUGACUGAAGAUUUAUUCGUCAGUACAUCUUGGAAAAUUUGCAUUACCACCGUCACUGUGGCCUAUUUAUUUUCAAACUGUAAUGCUGGGCUUUAAACCCAAAGCUGUUAUGUAGCUUUUCAUUUUUUUUUCACAUUUCAUAUUUCAUUUGAACCUCAUCAUGGACCUGUGAAUAAUAAUAUUAUUCUAUAGGAAAAUGAGGAAUAUGCAUCAUCAGAGCUUUACAGACUGUUCAGAGUUUGAAAGUACAGAACAUUGUGACCUCUGAACACUAUAACGUUUUAAAAGUGAUUGUAGUCUUUAGACAUCACCUGCUGUGUGGAGCAAAAACAUAGGAUGCUUCAGCCUUGUGUCAUUCUUUAAAGCAAUUUAAGGGAUCUGGGUAAAGAGAGGGACUUGAAUACAAUGGCAGCUUUUUUCGUGGUAUUAUCAUUAUUGAAUCCUAAGUGAGUAGUAAUACUGUUUCUUCUACAAAACAUGUUGUGUGGAGCUUUGUUUUGUAAACAAGUGGUCAGCUACUAUCAAGCUGGAAUAUGUAGCUUUUGAAUCUAUUAAGCCCAGACUCAUCCCGUCCCCAUUUGAAUGGUCAGAUGUUACAUGUUGCUAACAUAUCUUAUUUCACAUAGGCCAGUUGGCUUUUUUCCCCCAUUGUUGUUAUUCCCAUUGGUUCAAGCAAUAUUCGUUCGCCAUUGUUCUUGUUGGGUAGAAUUUAUGCUUUACUAUGUGGCUCAGAACAAACAUGCUGAAGAAUAUUGCAAGACUUUUUUUUCAGCAAAUUAAUGUGUCAGUCACACAGUGAAACAGGCAGUGUACAUUGAUAGUUCUGCUUCCAAGGUACUUCGGUCUCUGAGAUGUUACAGAAAAAAGGAUUAGAACAGUCUGCUGCCUGCAAAUGCCAGAAGUCACCAUGGCCAUACAUAGCACUUUUACUAAUAUCUGCUGUCGGUUACAGUUCCUCCCUUGAAGUACGAGGUGAGAUUUAUGGCCGGCUCACACACUGCAGAGUGAUGGAAGUAAUUGAGAAAUCAUAUAGCUUUGAGAUGGAGGUUAUUGGGAAAUCGUGUGGCUUGCAUUAUUUCAGUUCUAGCAGUACACUGUACUGCAUGGUUUACAGACAAUGGAGGAGGACUACAGGAUCUCUGAAUUGCUGCCUUUAAACCUAGAAAUAACCAACACUCAAAUUUGAACUUGCUUUUGGGUUUUCAGAGAAGCAACAUAACAAGAAACAGUAUAUUUUAAGUUUGCAUACCUUUCUAAGCAGCAUGCAUACCACAAGACACCAGAUACAAGAGAAAGUUUUCUUAAUGAAGUUACUGCAGAAAAGCCACCACCACCAACUGACAUUUUCUUGAAUGAGCAUUCAUUCAUCUUGCAGGAGUGUCUGAUUUAUGUGAUUAAUGAAAGAGAAAAGAAGUAUUGGAAUCUAUUUAACUAAUUUCUGUGCACCCAGAAAGUCCAUCUGAGAUAUCUCUAAUUUCCUUCAUUCCAUUAUUAUGUCCUGCAACCCACAGUACCCCCAAACUCUGAUUUCCUUGAUAUUUAUUUAUUUGGCAGUGGUGUGGGAGACAGUAUCUCCUGUGGCUCUGGUGAAGCGAUCCUACUUGAUUUUAAACCUUCUGCAGCAAAGACUGUUAAGAAAAACCUAGUUAUAUGUGUUUCUGUGAAAAGAGAAAUGGUCGCAUAAUUUCAGCACAUCAGCCAAAUGACGUAAACUGUUUUUUGUAAAUAUGUGCCUUACUAAAAUGGAGAAAUCGAACACUUUUACCAUACUUAUGAAAAAGAAAAUAACAAAGCCAGGCUUUGUGGGUUUUUUUUUUUAAUUGUGAAGGUUUGUUUAACACAUUUUAUUUUGAUAAGUUAGCUUCCUCAGUCGUCCUCCCCACCAGUGGUUAAGUCUUUACUGCUGUAUGCCAGCCUAAAUUGCUUGAAUGACACAUGUUCUAAGAGCAUUCAUGCCUGGCAAAUGUGAAAAAAGUUACAGUAUAGUUGAAGCCCUUCCUAUCAGCGAUUUUUCCGUCACCCUUUAUUCAGCUAAAUACAUCUGCAUACAAUUUUCUGCACUCUACUAAUCUUUUUCCACAAAAAAAAUGAGACAAGACGUGGGAACCAUGGAUGAUUAUUUGUAGUGGAUAGCUUGUGACCUUAAGUCAUUAGGAGUAAAAUAACUUCAGUGUAUCAAGUCACACUAAGAAAUACAUGUAUAUGUAUAUUUUACAAGGAAGAAUGGGUGUAUUAGCUGGCCAUAAUAUCAUUAAAUAGCUGUGAGUAUAUAAAAGAAUGACAAAAAAGCAGCACAUAGAAAUGUGGGUUUGGAUAAAUGAAGAGUAGCUGCUAAAAAGUGCGCUACGUGAGUUUUAUUGCACAGGUAUCCUGUAGUUUUUCAAUACUCCAGCACUUCUUUAUAAAUGGCACUUUAUUCAUUUCUGUGAGAAAUAGUUAACCUAGGAGGCCACAGUAAAAAGCUGUUGAGAGCUUUAUAUACACCCAUUUUGUACUGUAGGCAAGUGGGACAAGGGCUUUAUCCCAUCAUUUGAUAUCCUCUGUUUCAUCACUGCAUAUAUAUUCAGUAAUCGUGAGAAUCGGUGAGCAGACAUUGCAACCAUGGUCAGUAAAGUAUGGCUGAAAUAUAUUUUCCCAAGUUUUUGUAAGCAGCCGCCAUUAACGCUACAAUAGGAAUGGCACAGGGUUAGAAUUUGUGUAAUGCUUUUGGAUUUAGUAAUGGCGACAAAUGCAAUGCAUAGAAUGUACCUCUUAGACGUGAUUGUGUGAAUGGAAUAUCCAUUCAGUACUAUCUCCCCAAGAUUGUGCAGAAGUGCAAAGGCAUUACGUUAUUAAAUAGCUGGGGAUGCUACAGUGAUCCCCUUGCUCUGCAUUGUCUUCAGGAUUGGAACUUGAAACCAGGGUAGCCAUUUACGAUUCUGUAGCCCUCUGCUACCCUGCUUGUCAUUAAAUUAAUCAUUGUUGGAAGCAGGAAGUAAGAUAAGUGGGGUACGAUAUUUCUUAGCAAAAUGCCCCUUGUAUAACGCAGCCAAGAUGUAUUUCCGAAGAGUAAUAUUAGGUGUAAAAAUCUAGUUAUUGUCAAUCUUCCCUUUUAAGGAUAACUUGCCAUCUGUCCUUAAAUUCUAGCUGUUGAUAUAUUUCUGAUGUGCAUUUCUGUCCUUCAGCAUCAUUUUUGUCAUAUUGGAGGUGCUUGGUCUCUGCUUCAUUAAAUGUGUUUAUAGUUUUUGCAUUUAUUUUCAAAAUUCUACUCAACUGAGAGUUUGUCUCUGAUAUUUGAUGAGCUCCACCACACCUUGCAUUUUUUUUUAAUGAGUUAAAUGUCAUACAUGUGCUUCUUGUCAUUAGCUUCUUUAGGGCCCCACAUUAAGCAAGUAAAAAGUUCCUGCAUUCACUUUCAAGGGUGCAGCCGACUCAUAGCUCAUUAUCUUAAUCAGCCUGUUGGAUCACUUGGUGGGCAGUGAUCAAGGAGGGCAGGGUUCUUGCUUCCAAUACUGUGUCCAAUGCAGUCUGAACAUUUUAGAUAAAGAUGCACAUUCCUUGUGUUUAUUGUUUGUGGUCAGACUGUCACACUAAGGCCUUUGAGUUCUGCAGAAUUUAUUCACCCCUAUUGACCACUGAGCCUGUUAUGUUGUUUUUUUCUUAGUCAUUUAGCCAAAAGAGAACCCUCUGUUGUAAUUCACUGUGGAGUGACCACACAGUUCCAGUUUGAUGAUGAUGGAAAAAAAAUAUGGCAUAGCGUAUUUAUUUUAUAAUGGUUAUUUUCUUUUUCUAGCUGGAAUAGAUGUCAGGAAAACCUUUCUAAUAAAGACAUUAAUUGCAACA